GAGCUGAGAGAGCAGCAGGACCAUGUUUGACAACACGCAGUACCCCUACAACUGCUUCAAUUACGAUGGGGAUGAUUAUCCUGCCUGYAGUUCUGACGAGGAGAAAAAAUUCACCCGACCGGCGUACAGCUACAUUGCCUURAUUGCAAUGGCCAUCCAGCAAAGCCCUUCAAAUAAAGUCACCCUCUCUGGCAUUUAUGACUUUAUAAUGAAGAAAUUUCCUUACUACAGAUCAAAUCAAAGGGCCUGGCAGAACUCCAUCCGACAUAACUUGUCGCUUAACAGUUGUUUUGUGAAGGUUCCCAGAACAGARGGGAAUGAGAAGGGGAAAGGAAACUAUUGGAGCUUUGCGACAGGAUGCGAAUCCAUGCUGGAUCUGUUUGAAAAUGGGAAUUACAGGCGAAGACGGAGGAGGAGGAACGUGAAAAGGGAGCAGAGACCGAGCAGAGUGAAAAGUCCUUCGUCCCCCAAUGUCUCUCCUGUGGACUCUGCUUUGAACAGCAUUUCCUCUUCUGAAAGUAAACAUGAAAGAAUUGAAUCRGGCCCAAAACUUGUGGAGCCUUGUGGGUUUGCUCCCAACAGCGUGAGCAACAGGCAGAGCCUGAGCAAUUCCUCCUUGGCAAAAUCGGAUUCUGAAAUCAAAUUCAGCAUCGAUUACAUCCUUUCAGCCCCUGACCCUUUGCCUGUGCUGAGAUCUCAAUACAACAUGCAAGAAAGCAAAUAUCACCUGCUGGAGGCUCCUCACAUUAACCUGCAGUUCUGGACAAUGUGAUGUGAUUUAUUGGUGGGGACAAAGGCUGAGUCAGAGCGGCUCCAGCAGCUCCUCCUGUCACUGAAAAUCCUCGCUGUGCUCCCCAGCAGGGCUCAGAAAGGGUUACAGAUUCACCAGCUGAUGCUCUGUCUGUGCCCAAAGAACUUUGCUGAGAUUAAAGCAUAAAUAACAGUUACCAAUAUCGGUUUUCACCGUGCUGGAAUUGAUGAAAUUCCAGCUUUAUAUUCUAAAACUGUCUUGGACAUCACUUAACACCACAAAGAAUUUCCUUUCUCAAGCAGAAUCCGACAGAGAAGAGACUUGCUUAUCAUCCACUGCUUUAUUAAAGACAAAGUGAAUUUGAUCCCACUUUCAGUGGUGGAAAUUAGGAUUAACUCCACUGGAGUAUAUAGGUCAGACCUUAAGCUGAUCUAAACAGUGUAAUUCUGUCGACUUACACUGGCUGGGAAUGUGGGGGGGUGGAGGGGUGGGAAUUUGUUUCUCAAAAGGAAUUACAGAAAAUCACCCUGUCUUCCCUUAUUUUUUCUUUUAACCUCAUGUUUCAAACUGUUUUGCAGCUUUUCUUCAUCAUUCAUUAGAAAAUGUAGUUAUUGAUAAGUAUUUCAAGCAUAUUUUUGUUUAUAUUCAGGGCAGGAUUGUUUGAAUUGUUGAAGUUGUGCUCAAAAUAAUUCCAAGAGACCUUAAUUGCAAGGAUGCUGAGCUCUGGUAGACUUUGAUAGGUGACGUGGCAGUCACAGAGUCUCUUAAUCCCUUGGUUAAAAAUAAUAAUAAUAAUUUAGAAAAAGAAACCAACAAAACACCACUUAUUCCCUUGUGCUAUCAGAAAUCUYCCAGAGAUGCUGCAGAAAAGUCCUUGACCAUAUUUCAUUUAGGAAGUGUGAAGGGAAGCCUGGUAUUGCAAGAAGCUGGGUCAAGUGUUGAGCAAAGCUAAAAUUCCACCUCCCUGCCCUGAGACAAGUUGAAUAUUCCCAUUAAAUGGAUUUGUAUCGAUCCUCYGUGCAGGCAAUUACCAAAGUGGUGCUUGAUAUGAAUUCAGCUCAACUGGUGAGAUUUCUAAUUUCCAGAUAUCAGCGUUAGCUCAUGAGCUCCAUUUCUGAGAAAGACACUCCAUUGCCAUUUCCAUGCAUUUUGGAUUUUGGAGCAGAACCUGAUGGACAAUGAUGAACUGCCACGAGUUUUUGAGAACUUGCUUUUAUCCAACUUGUUCAAAAUGAAUUGCUUGCCAGAACAUAAACAGCAUUAGCAAAGACUAUACAAAAUCUUGGCUUUGCCUUGGAUACUACAGUCUUCACCUGCUGCUGGUAAAAGGGAAAAAAAAGACAAGAUUUUUGAUGGUUUUAAGCAAUUAAAUGCAGAGAUAAAAUUAUCUUUGCAACAUGAACUAAAGGUAAAUGAAGGUAUAUGAGAUAAGAUUCAACAUAGAGGUAUGCUCAGGCAUGACUUGAAUUUUUAUGCAGAAGCUUUGACAUUUCACUAAGUUAUUUUACAUUGUGUCUAAUAUAUACUGUACAUUUAUACUAUAUAUUCUUAUAUAUUGUUAUUGAGAAAGGGAGCARUAUCACUGCACUUAUAUGUUGUAAAAAUGCAUGAUGUAUGUUGUCAUGAUGCUGAAACUCCUGCCAUAUACUUAAAAUUUACCAUCAGUGGUAUUUCACACUGAUUGGUAAUAAAUGCUCAUUUUUUGGAAAACUGUAAAACUUGUUCUCUUCAGGCAUUUCUGCAGCAUGCAAAAGAGAAAAGAGGAAAAGGAGAAUCAUGUCCAUCACAUCACUGCAUGUCUGCCAAACUUUGAAAGGGAUGAUUUCUUGGGACCAAAUUCUGCCUUCAAAUGGGAGCUUUCAGUUCUCUGUGAAUCAGCAGUUAUUCUGACUUAAUUUAAUCUGAAUUUUAACAGAAAUUUAAAUCUGACUCUUUAGACCGGAUUGAUAUCAGAAAAAGAAGAGACCCUCUGGGGGGAUUGGACAGAUGGAUUCUCAUUUGAGGAGGAGCCAGAAUUUGCUCCUUUAAUGUUUAUUCUCAGUAGUAAAUAAGUGUGGGAAGAGCAUGUCCUCCUGUAGUGCUUCAGUGUCUGCAUGCUCUCGUUUUGGGGUCCUGCCUGCAGAGAAAUAUUCAUGUUUUGCAGGCAGAUCUCCUUCCUGAUUGUUUUAAAUUGAGCUGCUGUUGGGCUGACAGUUAUACCACACACCUGUAUUUGAAAUACAUAUUUUCUGCUGUGAAAAUGCAAAUGUGAUUGUUGGGAUUUGUUUUUGGUCAAUGCUGUUGGUGAGAAAGAUUUCAAAAAGCUCCUGGUGAGCAGCACCUGGGUCAGGUGAGCACUGUGGGCUGUGAGACCAAUGGCUCAUGGCUGCUCAUCAACGCAGAAUUAAUGCAUUAGGAAAGGCAGAAAUACACCCAAGUGGAUUUACAGCSGAGAUCCAAAGCCAUUUUCAGUGAGAUGAAUUAAUAUUCACAAAUAGCCAUGUCCUUUGCUCACAGUCAAGUGCCUGCCAGGAGAGACUGUCACACUUUCAUUUCCCCRACGCAUAAUCAAAGAAAUUUGUGUACAAAGAGGUGUUAACAUUUGUUUUGCAAAGGAUAUCAAUCAUAUUCCRAAAAAAUGAAGGGACAUAUUUCAAUUUAGCCAGUAUAUUAUAUUCUGACGACUCCAAAAAAAAGGUUUCCAGCACUUAAAGUGAAUGGCAUUUAAUAUAGAACAACAUAACAGGGGUGAGGGCUAGACGUGACCUUAUUCAAAUGUCGUAGCCAUUACAGAGCCAUUCCCAAUGUAAUUAUAAUUAAAUACUUUAUGCCUUUCUUGCAAAUCCUCUGAUCGAUCAUUGAUAUUAACAUUAAUAUUGUAUUACCCCCGAGCAAAUGUCUCCCACACAAGUGUUAUGGAUCACCAGGUUUCCAUUAAGAAAGUUGUGAGCUAUUGCCGUGUGCUGGUCGUGGGUAAAUUUACGUAAAUUACUUUUUUCUCAGGGAAAGGGGGGAAAAAAAGUCUGGGUUUCUUUCUUCUCUGAAUCCAGAGCUAUUCCUUCAGCUCCAUCACAGCCUGCCAGCCACUGGAAUAAAGCUGUAAUGAAAGAAAAAUAGGAAAAUUUCCCAGGAACAUCCCUCUUUGCCCUGUGUUGGUGUGGACAGGUGAACAGGUGAAUGUUUUCUCUUUUUUUUCUCCCUGCCCUCCAUCUGGGCAGGCUGGCAGGAGGCUUUUGGCUCAAUUC